AACAAUAAUCAACACAUUUCUGCUCUUUGUGUGCUACAGAUUUUUGUCUGUGUGAUAUAUAUCACCGGUGAUCCAGCACAAGGAAGCUAUGGCUUUAUGGCAUGCUGAUAUAAUGACUGUUCCUACUACAGGAGCAUCAGCUAUAACCGCAGGAUAUGACAACCUUCCCUUUAUUGGCGUGAAAGCAUCUCAUCAUAUGGCAGACGAUGAUCUCCAAAACAUGAAUCUUUAUGAAUCAAAAAUCAAAAAUGUUGCUAGAAGGAAUAAAGUGGAUCCAGCUCUGCUUGCUGGGAUAAUCUCUCGUCAGAGCUGUGCUGGGAGUAUUCUUAUAAAUGGAUGGGGUGACAAUGAGAAUUGCUUUGGUCUAAUGCAGGUUAACAAAACAUAUUACAAGCCUUGUGGAUCAUGGAACAGUGAAGAACACCUUAAUCAGGCCACAGAGAUACUGAUUAAAAUGAUGGAUAGCAUUAAUAAUAAAUUUCCAGGCUGGAACGCUAAGGAACGUCUCAAAGGUGCUGUUGCAGCUUAUAUGUGUGGUGCUAACUGCGUGUUGGAUGAAAAUGUAGACAAAUACACUGCAGGAAAAGACUUUGCCAAUGACGUUAUUGCUAGGGCACAGCGUUUUAAGCAACAUGGAUUUUAAUUAAAAAAUGGAGAUCUCUCCUCUGAGCUGUUCUCAAGAUAAUAAAUUUAGGGCCAGAUUAUGAGUGGAGCGCUAAAAGUUAUGCGCAAGCGAAGAGGGUUUAUCACGGGUGUUUGUGCGCAUCGGAUUUACCGCUCAUAUUACAAGUUGAAAGCAAAUGUGAUCACUUGAGGGCAAUAGUGAUUUAACCUAUAAUGAUUACCAAAAAUAUAUUACAAAGUGCAGUUACUCUCAUAAUAACACCAGCUAAUAAAAAAUAUUUUGAAAAAAUAUUGCACAAAAAAGUGCUCAAAGAUAUGAGGUCUCAGAAAAAAAUGCAAGCAAAGUGUUUUAACAUACAGAUACAUACAUAUGA